AUGUCCCCAAAACGCCCCCUCGUAAUAGCCUUCAUAUACGAUAGCUUCUCCCAGUACCGAUCCCUUGGCUUCAGUGUGGAAGAAUGCAUGGAAUUCGAUACAGACGACACGAUCGUCAGUAUGGUUGAGUCAUUGCGGGCAUGCGGCCACACGGUCGUACCUGUUGCCGGCAUACAGCAGCUUGUACCCAUCCUCGCAGAAGGGAAACAUAAAACCUGGGAUUUGGCCUUCCCCACGGCCGAGGGCAUGUACGGUGCCGGCCGCGAAGCACAGGUCUCUGCGCUUUUGGAGGCGUAUCAGAUUCCACAUGUUUUCUCUGAUGCAGCGACGUUGUCGCUUUCGCAUGAUAAGGGGAGGACAAAGAUGAUUCUGGAGCAUAUGGGAAUUCCAACGGCACCAUUCGUCAUUGUCCCUGCGGUGAGGACGGACCAUGACGGCCAGUCCAUUAGCUCAGAAAUCCUGAACAAGACUCCUCAUUCAGACUUGUUGAAAAGAUUCCCCCUCUUCAUCAAGCCGAAUUGCGAAGGAUCAUCGAAAGGCAUCUACUCCUUCAGCAAGGCCCAUAAUCUCGCCGAACUGGAAGACGGGGUCCGAAGACUACAAACCAAAUAUCCCGAUCAGAGUGUCAUCAUUGAGAGUUUCCUAGGAGGAGAAGAAUACACUGUAAGUAUCAUCGGGAGCGGAAAGUCGGCCCGCAUUCUUGGAACAGUACACCUGGACUGGAAAUCAGUGAGACCUGCCGAUAGGUGCUACAAUACCGCGGACGGGGGCCCCGACGUUGGAGAUGAUUACCCCACCCGUGUUGUGAGUAGCAAGGACAAUCCUAAAGCUCAGCAAGCCGAGGCGCUUGCACUACAGGCGUGGCAGGCUCUCGAGUGUCAGGAUAUUGGCAGGGUUGAUAUUAGAUGGGGUCUAGAUGGCAGUCCAUAUGUUCUUGAGAUAAAUGCUAUUCCUGGUUUGCGGCCGAGAUGGUCCACCCUCCCCAAGACAACAGAGGCUCAAGGGAUCAGCCAUCAAGAACUGAUUGAGGCAAUUCUGGAGAGCGCUUUGGAACGAUAUCCGCAGCUCAGAUGCAAGAACUAG